AGGGUGCGUUAUCACCUUAUCUCCGAGGUUUGUUUACAUACUGGUGCAUAUACCCAGGGGGCAAAGGGGGUUUAGCAGACAUGGGCUGCUGUAAAAGGUUGUCAUAUAAAAAUGAAAUCUAUGAUGUCUGAGGAUCGCAACCUGGGUGGACAACCCGGUGAACAAGCUGCUGGAAACUUGUAAUUAGGGUCAAAACAAUGCUACCUCAAAUUCUACUUUAACUCCCCGGAAUCACCCAAACAUGCUAAAACGGUUUGAUUAUAUUCAUGAAUCCUGAGCCAUAUCUCCCUGAUACUUUAUGCUAGAAACAAACUGAGCAUACCGUUCAAAAGAGUGGAAGAUAAGCUUUCAUCUGAUGCAUUGACUGUACAUGUAAUCAGAAAGUAAGAGUGAACAAUGCCUCUUAAUUCACAGGUAGGCAAAAAAAAAAGAAAAAAAUAUAUAACAUUCCAUUUGUAAUCGGUAACAUUCUUUACCCUUUGUUGUUGUUAAAAUAAAAAAAAAAUUACCAUGUGAAGUUAACUUUUACUAGAUGAAAUCAUAUUUUGAUCAUUUUCACUAACCAUACAGUCCUAUGGUCCAUAACAAAUUUAGAGGAAUUCAUAGGAGUGAAGUUAGUGAGCAGUUCACAGCUCCAAAUCCACAGGAGUUUUUUUUCUAUAUCAGCCAAUAAAGCAAAUCUCCUUCAAUUCCUCUGUGAGAGGUGGUGUGAGCAUGAACAACUCAAGCCUCCUAUUGGCCUGACUCGUAUCUACCUGGGUGGUGGAUUUAAAGAAGAGACAAAGACCGUUGUGCUUGCAGAUGGUUCUGUCAGGGAUGUUCCUGCUCUUGAGUCCACACAACCCCACCCCCACAGAAGAAGAUCAACGCCUACUUCAACACGGCCGUUAGCCCCGCCCACUGAUUCGCGCAUUACACGCAUAGCUAAAUGACAUAGAUGCCUACCACGUGGUGACAAACUGGAUUGAGCUACCGAAGAAUACAGAAUCAUGUGCAGUGCCUGUUUGUGGAAGAAGACAGUGGCUUCAUAAUGUCAAAUACGCCCCUACCCCAAUUUGAUCUCUCCCCCAAUUUGAUUGCUCCACCCCACACUUACAUACACGACCAUAACCCAGACCUUUCUAUGGCGGAAUCCGGCGGGAAAAAAAUCGGGCUUUGUUGUCUGUAAUCACUGUAAAAGCUGUGUGUCUGAAAGUGCAAUUAGCAUUUGCUUUUUGUAUUUCUUUCCUGGUAAAAUAAAGUUUAUUAUUUGUGUUCCAUACAAGAAAUAUAAAAUGAGUGUUUCCAUUUUAAAAUAAAGUUUUGUUUAUGUAAAAUACAAAUGUUUUUGAGGGUUAGGACAGAUAAUUUUACCCUUUUAUCAACAGUUUCAUCUUGUCAUUUGAAAAAUGCAGUUCUGCAGAGAAACACCUGAGAAGGAAAGUGAAAGGAAGAUCAGUGCUUGAUGAUCAAGGACCCAUUUCAGAGGAGGACAAAGACACAUCUUGUCAUUAUUCAAGUGCAUGAAGGAUGAUGGCAUCUGUUUUAGAGCUGCUUCAUCAUACACUAGAUGACCUGAAAAAGGACGAUCUGAACAGAUUUAGGAGUUACUUAAAACAUGAUGGAUCCAUUGGAGCUGGUAAACUGCAGGAUGCUGAUGUCACUGAUAUAGUGGAUAUAAUGAUGGAGCGUUUUGAAGAAGAAGAAGAAGCUGUGAGAAUCACACUGAACAUCCUGAGGAAGAUGAACCAGAAUCAGCUGGCUGAAGAGUUGCUGGACAAGUACACUGAAGUACAAAAAUCCUUCAAAGAAGCUGAGAAAGAUGGAAGAAAACAAGAUGAUUUACGGCUGCAGGAAUUCUUGGAAAUUCACAAACUUAACAUGAAGAAGGAAGUAGAACACAUUUUUGAGUGUAAAGAGAACAAGGAAGCACAUCUAAAGGACGUUUUCACAGAACUCUUUAUUACGGAGGGGGAUCUUAAAGAAGUCAAUCAAGAACAUGAGAUUUGGCAGAUGGAUGACACUAUUAAACCCCGUAAAUCACAGCAAAGUUCAAUCAAAUGCAAUGAUGUAUUUAGGCUGAACAAAAGUGAAAAGAAAAAGAUUGUUCUGACCAAAGGCAUCGCUGGCAUUGGAAAAACUGUCUUGGUGCACAGGUUCAUUCUGGACUGGGCAGAAGGAAAAGCCAAUCAGGAGAUACACUGUGUUUUCCUGCUUCCAUUUCGAAAGAUUAACUGCAUUAAAGAUGAAAAUUUCAGUCUGCAUGAGUUUCUACAGAGAUUUAAUCCUGAACUCAAGGACCUGGAAACAGCACAGAUACGUAAGAUAUAUAGUUGUUGUAAGCUUGCGUUUAUCUUUGAUGGACUGGAUGAGAGUCGACUCCCUUUGGAUUUUGACCGUGGAAUGGUGACAAGUGUUGAGGAGCGAUCGUCUAUAGAUCAUCUGUUCACAAGUCUGGUGAACGGGACUCUGCUUCCAUCAGCUCACGUAUGGGUGACCUCACGGCCAGCAGCAGCCAAUCAGAUCCAUCCUAAGUAUGUGUUAUUCACAGAAGUGAAAGGAUUCACUGACCAGCAGAAGGAGGAUUAUUUCAAAAAGAAAAUCAAAGAUGAGACUCAGGCCUCCAGAAUGAUCUCACACAUUAAGAAAUCCCGUUGUCUCUACAUCAUGUGUUACAUUCCCGUGUUCUGUUGUAUCAUAGCCACGGUUCUUCAGGACAUCCCCAUUGGUAACGAUGCAGAGAACAUCAACACAACACUCACUCAAAUGUACAUCCACUUCCUGCUGAUACAGAUGAACAUGAAGAGCCAGAAACAUGACAAAAAAACAGAAAGAGAACGCACCAAGCUCUUGGAUUCCAAUAAAACAAUGGUUUUGAAGUUAGCCAAGCUAGCAUUUGAACAGCUGAAGGAAGAAAAUGUAGUGUUCAGCGAGAAGGAUCUGAAAGCAUGUGGUAUUGAUGUGGGUGAAGACUUUGAGUCCACAGGAAUGCUCACUGAGAUCUUUCAGCAAGAAGCUGGACUUCAUGAGAUGAAGGUCUUCUGCUUCGUGCAUCUGAGCGUUCAAGAGUUCUUCGCUGCAGUGCACGUGUUCCUCUGCUACCUGAACAAGAACGUCGAGGAGCUGCGGUUUUUCUUUGAAGAAACUCAAAACUGUUUCUCAAAAACUCAAAAACUCAAGAAAAAACUUCCUUCUCUUUUUAAAAAAGACAAACCCCACAAAAAUAUCCUCUUGCAUGAUUUACUAAAGAAGGCUGUUGAGAAAGCGAUUCAAAGUCAGAAAGGACAUUUAGACCUAUUUUUACGGUUUCUGCUGGGCAUUUCACUGGAGUCCAAUCAGAAACUUCUCAGUGGCCUGAUCUCAAAAAUAGAAGACAGCAAAGACAGCAUCACAGAAACAACCAAACACAUUACAGAACAAUUACAAAAAGGGGAUAUCUCACCUGAAUCUUCAGUUAACCUGUUCUAUGGCUUACUGGAGCUCAAUGACAAUUCAUUAUAUACAGAAAUCCAGCGAUACUUCAGAUCAACUCCAGAAAGAAGACUCUCGUCAUCCAUGUGCUCAUUGAUGGCUUACGUACUGCUGAUGUCAAAUACGGUGCUGGAUGAGCUUGACCUGAAGAUGUACAAGACAUCAGGGGGAAGCCAAUUGAAUCUCUUGCCAGCUGUGAGAUGCUGCAGAAAAGCCAUUCUCUCCUCAUGUGGACUUGAUGAAACCUUCUGUGAAACUGUGGCUUUGGCCCUGGAGAUACCAAACUCACCCCUGAUAGAGCUGGACAUGAGUGACAAUGAUCUGCAUGAUUCAGGAGUGAAGCUGCUCUCUGAUGGACUGAAGAGCCCAAACUGUCAGCUGAAGACACUGAGAUUGAAAGACUGUUAUCUCACAGAUCAGUGCUGUGAAUUUGUGGUAUCACUUCUCCAAUCAUCAAACUCCCGUCUGAUAGAACUGGACAUGAGUGGUAAUGAGUUGCAUGAUUCAGGAGUGAAGCUGCUCUCAGAUGGACUGAAGAGCCCAAACUGUCAACUGAAGAUACUGGGAUUGGUAGGCUGUAAACUCACUGUUCAGUGCUGUGAACAUGUGGCAUCAGUUCUACAAUCAUCAAACUCCCGUCUGAUAGAGCUGGACAUGACGGCCAAUGACCUGCUGGAUUCAGGAGUGGAGCUGCUCUCUGUUGAACUGAAGAGCCCAAACUGUCAGCUGGAGACACUGAGAUUGGUAGGCUGUAAACUCACUGAUCAGUGCUGUAAAGAUGUGUCAUCGGUUCUACAAUCUUCGAACUCCCGUCUGAAAGAGCUGGACAUGAGUGUCAAUUGCCUGUGUGAUUCAGGAGUGGAGCUGCUCUGUGUUGGACUGAAGAGCCCAAACUGUCGCCUGGACAUACUGAGAUUAUCUAACUGUGAGAUCACAGAUGAUGGCUGCUGUUUUUUGGCCUCAGCUCUGCGUUCAAACCCCCCACACCUGAAAGAGCUGGAUCUUAGCAACAAUCGCACCGGAGAAUCAGGAUUCAAGAUGCUCUCUGAUCUACUGAAGGAACCUCACUGCAAACUUGAGUUAACACCUUUGUGGUCUCACACUGGAUAAAAAAACACAGCCAACACUUGUCUCAUUCUGUCUGAGGAGAACAUUCAUUGUAUCAUCAUCUUCCAGAGAGAUUUGAUGAGGAUCGUCAGAUUCUGUGUAGGCCGAAUCACAGGUUGGCUGAAAUAUUACUUUGCUAAUAUUACUAUACUAUACUAUUACUAUUACUAUACUUUACUAUAAAACUGGUUAUUUUCUAUUAUUGUUUUUCAGUAGUUCAUAGAUGUAUAUGCUGUGAUAUUUUAUUCAGAUUCAGGUAAACACAAUCUAAAGUUUGUAAGAUUCUGAAAUUAUUACUAAUGAAAGUGAUGGAAAGAAUAUGUAAAUUAGCUAAACAAUGUAACAUUUGUCAUAGAAAUAUAAUAAUCCAGUCUUGAAAAUAACUGUCUCAAUGUUAUAAGAAUGAAUUAUUGCAUAGCAUUAGUAUCAGUGGGCAAUGCUCUCCUGUUUCCAGUGAACUGGACCAUUUGGCAAGUAAGGGUUCAGAUGGUAGUAUUUUUAAUUAAGAGAUCAUUUGAGGAUACAAUAUUCUGUUAGAAUAAAAGCUAACAGUCCCUGUUUUUGGGCUGGAUAUAUUUCAUUUUGACAGUCACACACUCAUAUCCACACAGACUACGUUUAAUGGCCUGAACAGGGAUAUAAUUGUAAGUGAAUCAGUGUAAAGUGUUGCAUUCGUUGUUAUUUUGUUUUUUUAUUAAUCAAGAUUAUAUAGUCUAUAUGUUACUUUUUUGCUAUUCUUUCAGGGAUGAAAAACUUUUAUAUCCAAUGUCAUUCUUGAUUUAAAUGAACAGUAUUUCUUUGAAAUGAGAAAAAUUUUACAUUUAUUUACUGUGACUUUUGAUGAAUUUAAUGCAUCCUUGAAUAAAUGUAUUCUCUCUUUUGA